AUGCCGUGGCAGCGCCCGCUGGGGAAGAAAAGAUUUGAUGCGGACAUUUCUGCAGGCCAGCUGCGGAUGGCAGACGUUGAGUUGCCAGAAAGUUUGAAGUGCGAUGGCAACUUCAAGCUUGAGAUCAAGCGGUUGAGCAAGGAGUGGAGACUGAAACGUGACAGCUUCCGCACGAGCGUGCCCAUUGUAGAGCCGGAGGAGCAGCUGGUUUCCGCUGCUGCUGCUGGUGACCUCCAGCGAUGCCGUGAAUUGCUGCAACGGAAAGCUGCUGCACCAGAUGCAGCUUAUGUUUCUUGGAUUCACAACAUAUCAGCACUAGUGCUGCCUCCUCCAAACAAUUCAGCUAGAGAGAGAGAGCCAUAG